AUGGAUCCCCAACAGCCAAAUAAUGGACUUGGACCACUUUCGAAACCUCGUGGAAGCGGUGCUUUUUUCGCUGCUUUGCUUGUGGUCGCUGUCACUGGUGCUGUCCACAUAGUAAAUGCAAUCGCCUUUUCUUCAACAAAGGAAAGCAAAGAUGUAAUCCUUUUUAUAUUCUUUGGAGCCGCUCUUCUAACCCUAAGUUUAGUCCUUAGCGAGUUAGUGCGAAGAGUGUGUCUGGUGAACGAAGAAAGACGUCACAGGCACACUCGAUACCAAGGAAGUUGGAAGAAACUUCUCAAUUCUACUUUCACUUUUCGAUACGGCCAUUCUAUUUUGGUCGUUGGUGUUGUGUCCUUUCUGACAGUGUCAUCUUUUGUCUUGUACUACGCCUUGUACGAAGAUUGCAAGACCUUCUGUCGAUCAGAAUACUGGAUACUUUUCUCGUUGAACUGCUUCUUGUCCCCUCAACUUUUGUUUCUUGUCGGUUUGCGAGAACCUUCUAGCGUGGAAGUAUCGCAGAUCAACGAGAGAGAAAACAAAAAUGUGGCCGAUGGUCUUGCCUGGAGCUACUAUUUUUGGCUACUUUAA